UCUUUCUGGAUGAUUUUUUUACCUGCUCCUACAACCUGCAAUCAUCAUGUAAUGGUCCAAAUUCUAACCAUAUGCAGUCUAAUUAUGGGUUAGGUGACCAAGAAAAGGGGACACAGUGGGUCCCACAAGAACAUGUGAUGUAAGUAAAAUGGGGCCCAAUUUGUGGGGUUUGUGUCUCACAUUUGUGGGCAUUUGAGAAGUGCUUCUGUUUAAUAUGAAUCUGAUGCCACCCCCUAAAAGAAGGCAAAGGCACCAUAGAAACAUUAGGCAGUGGUUUCUGAAUUUAUCUUCACCAGCACUCCAUGUGCUCUCUUCACUUCAACUUCACCUUCACCCUUUGCUCCCUCACCAUCUUUAAAGAAAAGAAUCUUUCUUUAAUGGCACAUGGAAGCCCAAUCAUGGACUGUUCUUCAUUCUGGCAGUGCCAUGUGCACUAAUCACUGCAAGCCCACCUCCAUCUCCUCCAUUGUUUUCAUUCAUAUAUAUUGCUCUCCCUCCAAUUUGAUACUCUAUUUCACAAUGAGCUCAUCUUCCGCCUCCUCUUCUCCUCUUACUCCUUCACUUGAGCCUUGCGCUAGAAACUGGUCAAUAAGCGAUGACUCGCUGAAGAGAUAUGUAUCAUAUGCAAGUGAGAGUUGCAUCCAGGAACUGCUUUCUGCUUCAGACACAAGCAAAGCCGAAGGUUUUGAUGGGUGGAAAAUUCUGUCGAUGGAUGAUGGUGUCGAGAUAUCCAAGCAACAUUCUGGUUCUCUGCAUGUGUUUCGUAGCCGAUGAUGGCUGCUGCGUUCUGUCUCUCCGCAGCAGUUCAUGGCUGUUGCCAAUGCCAUCGACGCUGCAAAGCAAUGGGAUCCAGACCUGGUAGAAGCCAACUACAUAAAAGCCCUCUCAAAUAACCUCAGCAUCAUUCGCUUGCGGUUUGGUGAUGCCUCAAAACCUCUUUUCAAGAACAGGGAGUUUAUUGUUUAUGAGCGACGCGAGACCAUGGAUGAUGGAACUCUGGUGGUUGCUGUUGCCUCUCUACCAAAGGAGAUUGCUGCGGGAUUGCAACCUAAGAGAAGUAACUCCAUCAGAGGUCUCUUGCUACAAUCUGGAUGGGUAGUAGAAAAAUUAGAGGAUGACUCUUGCUUAGUGACUUAUGUUGUUCAGCUAGAUCCUGCUGGAUGGUUGCCUAAAUGUUUUGUGAAUAGACUGAAUACGAAGCUGGUCAUGAUUAUCGACAAUCUGAAGAAAUUAGCUCAAGCUUGUCGAUAAAUAGCUGGAAUAUGAGUAUGUUGGGG